AAGCAUCGUCUCUCGCUAGCUCUUACUUUUCCGCAUCUGUCAGUGACUUCCCACACACGCUAACUUUAGCUAUGUUUGUCCCAGUUUACUUCGCUUGACAUCUCAUGUAGCCGCCGUCCGUUUUGUCAGACAGUCGGACGAGCUGCAGCGUUACAUGUUUGUGUUUCUGACAGGCCGAACAGUGUCACUUUCCAUUCAGAAACAAGCCGAGGAAGCGAGCUAAGCGUCUCGCAGCUAGCUAACAGCUGUGUAGCUUCCAGGAGAGUAACGUCGCUGUGUGGCAGCCAACCACGCACAAAGCUUCUAUGACCUACGACUGUCUUCCCCGAUUAGAGAAUGUAUCCGCCCUCCAGAAAGGACUUCAUCUCUCUGACACUCAGUGAUCCACACAGUCACUCCUACAACAACGGCAAGCACCGGAGACAGUCCUGCUGGAGGAAAUGGAAGCAGCUGUCUCGGCUCCAGCGAAGCCUCAUCCUGUUCCUGCUGGCUCUGCUGCUCAUAUUUGGACUACUCUCCUAUCCAAGCAUCACAGAGCAAUGGGGAGGGUUAUCUGACAAGGAGGACUGGUUGGAGCUGAAUGACAGAGAGGUGAAUGCUGUUCCUCCAGGUGUGAAACCUGUAUUGGGUCCAGCUGCAGGCAAAGCUCCGGCUCCUGUGGCAGGGCCACAUGUGGGACCAGCUGUGGGUCCAGAUGCUGUGGAAGAGCCCAGAGGACCAAACGUCCCCAUUUUGCCUAAACCUCCCACUAAGAAAAAGACAUUUCCAAACAAGAGAGGUCCACCCAGCCUGCAGAAAGAUGGAAAUGUUUCAGACACGGUUGGUGGGGAAAAGCAAGAGCAAGAGGUGGCUCAAGAUGAAGGGGGAGAAGAUGAGGCCAAAGAAAAGAAGAUUGUCAGCUGGAGAGGAGCAAUGAUUGAAGCCGACCAGGCCACAGAGCCUCCACCUUCGGCCAAUGAGAAAGAAGCUGCUGCACCUCCAGCCAACCCUGGUGACAGUGUUCCCCUGGAAGUUUCAGCUGGUAAAGUGGACAGACUGGAGGCAGUACGUGAUGCCUUCAGACAUGCGUGGAAAGGCUAUAAGGACCAUGCCUGGGGCCACGAUGAGCUCAAGCCCAUUUCCAAGUCUUUUGGCGAGUGGUUCGGACUGGGUUUGACCCUCAUUGAUUCUCUGGACACUAUGUGGAUUAUGGGCCUAAAAGAAGAGUUUGAGGAGGCUAAGAACUGGGUAGAGAAAGAGCUUUCCUUCAACAAGAAUGUGGAUGUGAAUCUUUUUGAGACAACCAUCCGCAUCCUCGGGGGUCUGCUGAGUUCCUACCAUCUCACAGGAGACCAACUCUUUCUAGAGAAAGCAAAAGAUCUGGGGUCCAGGCUGAUGCCUGCCUUCAAAACUCCGUCAAAGAUCCCUUUUUCAGACGUCAACAUCGGGAAGGGAACAGCCCACCCCCCUCGAUGGACGUCAGACAGCACGCUGGCCGAGGUCACGAGCAUUCAGCUGGAAUUCAGAGAACUGAGCCGCCUCACCCAAGACCCACAGUACCAGGAUGUUGUGAAUGAGAUAAUGAAGCUGGUCCACAAGCUGCCAGGCAAACAAGACGGCCUGGUGCCCAUGUUCAUCAACACCAACAGUGGCCAGUUUACCCACAAAGGAGUCUUCACACUCGGCGCCAGGGCAGACAGCUACUAUGAAUACCUGCUUAAACAGUGGCUCCAGGGAGGCAAGACGGAAGACGAUCUGCUGGAGGAUUACCUGCAGGCUGUGGAGGGAGUGAAAAAACACCUUGUGAAACAGACGGGGCCCAGCAGGUUGACCUUUGUUGGAGAGCUGUCCCACAACCGCUUCAACCCUAAGAUGGAUCACCUGGUGUGUUUCCUGCCAGGAACCUUGGCGCUGGGGGCCCACAACAACCUCCCAGGGGAUCACAUGGAUCUGGCAGUGCAGCUAAUGGAGACCUGUCACCAGAUGUACACACAGAUGGAGACGGGGCUGAGCCCAGAGAUUGCACACUUCAGCCUACAGGCCAGUGAUGGACGUGAUGUUAUUGUCAAGCCUGCAGACAGACACAACCUGCUGAGACCAGAGACUGUGGAAAGUCUGUUCUACAUGUACAGAUUCACUAAAGACACAAAGUACAGAGACUGGGGAUGGCAAAUACUGCAGAGCUUCAAUAACUACACUAAGGUCUCUGGUGGUGGCUACACAUCCAUUAACAAUGUCCGUGACCCUGUUAACCCCGGGCCCCGGGACAAGAUGGAGAGUUUCUUCCUGGGUGAGACGCUGAAGUACUUGUACCUGCUCUUCUCCGAUGACAUGGAGCUGCUCAGUUUGGACAAGUAUGUCUUCAACACAGAGGCCCAUCCUCUCCCCAUAUGGCCCUCUCCGCCUAAGUGAUGUUACCAUACAGGACACGUCUGUAAAGAUCAGGCCCACAGAGUCCAGUAUGAGUCAAAGACUGUUAUUGCCGCUCAGUCAGACACAUCUCUAAAUGACCACCCACAGCUGGACUGCUGUGUUGAGCAGUAUAGGCAGAUCUGUGCUGUCCACCUGACACAUUUCCAUGUGGAGGAGUUUAUUUUGGAUUUUUCCCCUUUUCUUUGUUUUUACUAAGGAAAAGGUUUGUGUUAGAGCUGGUCUCUAAUGUGAAAAAAACCUUUUUAAAAUCAGGAGCUAACAGGAAACAUGAAAGAACAAAGUUGGAGUGCUUUAUUACUUUCAUGACUGGCAGAGUUCUUACAAGUAUGUGAUUACAGCAAUCAUUCCCCCCCUCAUUUGCCAUGUGAGGUGAAAACCCUCUUUAGUUCUACAACUUUGAUGUUUGAAGGUGCAGUAACCAAUGAAUGGAGCAGGUUCAGCUAAAUCUGUAUUUAAACAGAUUGCACAUAUUGUUGGUCUUUAUUUCAGCAAUAUUAAGUGCACUUGCUCCUGUAUUUAAAUGACAUAAGAUAAUUCAAGUUGUGACUAGUUAGUACUUUUUAAUCGGUCUCAGGAUGUUCUUUCCCUGUUUGUCUUGUCCUAAGUGUUUGGAGCAGUGGGCAGUUAAAGUGCAGCAUCCAGGGACCAGUUUCAGUUCUGAGGCUAGUGCCAUUCUGAAAAGCAAAGUCAGAGUAUUCCUAAUACCAAUCGUGCAUGUCUUUAAUUGGAUAAAGACCAAAGUUUGAGGCCACCUCAUUAAAACACUAGCUAAUAAUGGUUAUUUUUACUAGGACUGAACAGUUAAAGAACUGUGAAGCCCCAGAAAGCAUUGCACUUCAGAUUGAUUACUUAUUGGAUCACCUUUGCACAUGUAGCAAAAAUAGUUUUGAUACUGAAAAAUAAUACGGUGAAGCUCACUGCACAUUCACACCUUGUUGUGUGUUUGAAGGGAAAUCUGGUUGUUGUCUGAUCUUUACAUUCAGUGCAACAGAGCAAAGUAGUCGCAGUUUUUAGGUCAUGUUUGUAUGACCUAAAAGUAAAAUGUAAAUAGAGGUGUGAUGAAUGAAUCAGUCCUGAAUGAUUUUCAGUCAGAGCUGUUCAUAUAAUGACACCUUGUUUCAUUAAUGAAUGUAAACAUUUGUUCUGUGAUUUCUUUUUUUCUUUAUUUUGUGUUUUUGUCAGAGGAACGCUCACGUGCACUCCUGCACCCCGGUUUUAAUUACAUUCAUGCUUGUUUUAAAUUAAAUGGAGGGGAAUUAUUUAAGGCUGCCAUGCAGCCUUCAAAUUGCAGUUGCUGUGAAGUUAAGAUCAAAACAAACAAACUCUGUACAUUAUCAUUUCCUGCGUCAGGGACAAUGUACAUGCAGCCGUUCCGUCAUCCUCCUCUCAGGCAACUUGCUGAAGAAGUGAAGUUUGUUGAAUUGUUUUCUUCAUACUUGAAGGAGUUUGAUUCAUUGCUGUUUAGCAAUCCCUGACUUCCCGUCAAAUGUGAUGUAGAGCAGUGUGGAAGCUCCUGUUCUCCAUAUGGUAAUGUUGACAAAUCAAUUUGAAGGAUCUAUCCAGUGUAGUGAAGUGUAUGUGCUGCUGAGAAGAUGGUUGAACCUGCGCUCCGUUAUUCUACCAUCACCUUCACCUCGUCACCAUAAAAAGGAUCUUGAGUUUCCGUUUUGGCUCAUUUUUUCACAGUCAUGAUGAGACAGUCGUUCUCCAGUUUUAACCAUCUCUUCUUGUUCCUGAACUCCGUCCAACAGAGAGCCAUAUACUAACCCACAUCUUUGAAUGUGCACUACAUUUGCCAACGUGCUAUUGUGCCUGUUGAAAUGUAUAUUGUGCUAUGGUGGUUUGGUUCUGUUUUUUAUUGCUGCUGCAUCAGUGGUGUUUAUUUGUGAAGUGCUGUGUGUGAAAGUUCGAUUUAUGGCUCGUAUUUUUACUCUGGAUGGGUGGGUGACAAAAUAAUAUGGGUGUACAUAUUUUGUGUAAAUUGUUUCUAACUCGUCUACUGAAUCAAACCUGUGUCUGCUGAUUUGUGAGCUGUUUCUGGUCUUUCUGUGCCAUCAUGUCAAAAAAGUUCUGCUUUGUGCAGGACUCUUCUUCCUUCUACUCUUCUUCUAGUCUUUUCUCCUUGAUCUCCUUCAGGAAUGUUCUAAUGUUUGUUUAAAAGCCUCUCUCAGACAUGGUAUUUGUAACAUUGCUGCCUUCACCUGUCCAUUCACCUGUCCUGUUCAUUAAGGUUUCUGUUAUGGUUUUGAAUGAUAAGCUAAAAGACAUGCUGCUGACAGUAAUGAUGUUGUAGCAUUUAUGAAGACUGAUAAUUUAGGUGUGUUUUGUCUUUUGUUUACAGAGUAAAUUCCACAUCUGAAAGGGGGCUACAGAUGCUAUAACUCCAUGACUCAUAGCCAUUUCUAAUAUGGUUUUGAUGAGUGUAAUAUUCGCAGUGUAAUUAUAUGACUAAAUCUGCCAGCAACCUUCCACACUUGACAGGAUAGGGCUGGAGUUAUUCUAUCAUUUUCCUAAUUGUCAUCAAAUUCCAUGAAAAGCCCAAAACCAACAAUGUGUUAGUCAGCGUCUCAGUACUUUGACUUGCCUCAGUUUGUCUGGAGCACAUUGGUUUCUACUAAAAUUGUAAUUCUUCAAAAAUGGCCCAAAAUUAUAUGGUUUCAUUUUUUAAAAGUCUCAGUAAAUUCCUGAAACAGCUGGGCAUGGUGGUUUUUAGCAAACAGGAGUAGAGAGUGCAUUUGUUGGGGAAGAUUUUUAGCUAUGGAUUAAUAUGCAUUUGGUGCUCGAGUGAGCACCAGCAACAUGCAGGUUUGAGUCCAAAUAAAUGACUGUGUGUAUUAAUGAGGUCACCCACAGCAACAGUGUGGCUCACUGAUGUGUUUUCAAUAGUUUUUGGACAACAGUUGGGCUCUGUGGCACAGAGGAAUAAGCUAUAUUUGGCUUUUGUAAACAGGCUGUGCCUUUAUGGGAAACAUAUUUACAUUUUUUUUGCAUUUACGUUUAUUCAUGCUUCUGUACAAAGCAAUGGAAAAAUGAGGUAUAGUCAAAGCCACAGUACAUCAAUGUGAUUUCAUUGUGUCAUAACAAGAAGGUCACAGGUUUUAUCUCCUCAAAUGACCAUUGUUAUGAUGCAAGAAAAGCAGCUUUAUUUUUAAUUCUGCUGAUAUUAACCAGUAAUCCUGUCACAAACAUGUCAGGUUCUUCACGUUGAUACAUAUUCUGCUCUCUUCAUAUAACUGCCCCUCUUAUCUCUGUCAGAAAUAACCUUUAGGUCAGAUAUUCAUAAUCACUAUUUUGUGUUAAAAAACUGAUGGUAACAGAAAAGAUGAAAGACCAGAAAUGACUCAUUUAGCUCCACAGUGAGCUCCUGCAGAACCUAUUUAAAUUCACUCUGCUAAGGCAUUUCAUAUUCUAAUGGUUUUCACAUCUGAUUCGUCCACCUUAAAUACAUUUUUUAAAGGAAAUUGGGCAGUCUAAUCCCACUUUUUUAUAAAAUUGUAAGAGUAGUAAAAAUAAUUCUGCAGAGGUUUUGCAUUAAACCUGUCUAGAAUUUUAAGGUUUUUCUUUUUUAACAAAUGGAGGGUGGAGGGUUUAAUGUACAGUAUUUGUCCUUCUCUCUUUUGUUAGCUGAUUGGCCAAAUCCCCCUCUUGUGAUGAGAGUGCUAAUUAUUCGUAAUAUAAUUACAAAUGAAUCCAAGCCAUAACAAAAUGACAGCUCCACUGUUUAAAUGGAUGUAGGCUACAGAAUAUCAGUGUUCGUUGUUUUUCGCCUGCAGAGGUUCAUGUUUCACUGACUGUGACCCUGUGUCAGGGACCAAAGACACAGAUCAAUAAUGUUUUAAUGCUAGAAAAAACACAUCUUGACACAGCGGUCACUUCUCUAUGAUGACUAUGAGCCGCUCUGUUGGCCCAAAAGUCAAUAACUCAUUUGCAUAUUUGGGAGACGUGCAAAGUAUUUAUUUUAAAUCGAUAAUUAUUGAUUUUGCACUUUCUUGUACAAACUAAUGACUUCAGUUUUGAGAGCUUACAGUUUUAGCGGUUUCUCAUUUAAGUUUGUACUUUUCAUGGUGCAUUAUUCACAUAUCUGUUAAACCCACCUUCACUGUAUAGAUGACUGAUUGAGCACUUUGUUAAGUCAAGUUGUGGCUCACUGCAAUGUUCGCCUAAAUUCAGACUAUUUUCCUGCCAACUGAGUUUUUAAAUAAAGAUUUUCAGUGAAGGUUUUGUACUGUA